GUUAAUGGAAAGUAUGAUAACGGUAAUGAUAAAUGGCUUGGUACCGAUCAAAAUGCUUGGCCAGUAUCAUAUCAUGGCACUUCUACACAUAAUGCAAAAUCAAUUGCCGAAGAUGGUUAUGAUUUAAGCAAAGGAAUGAGAUUUGCUUAUGGACGUGGCAUUUAUUCAACACCUGAAGUGCAUAUAGCUGAACAAUAUGCUACAGAAUUUGAGUUUGAAGGAACUAAAUAUGUAAUGAUAUUUCAGAAUAGAGUAAAUCCUGCUAGUUUAAAAAGAAUUCCUGUUAGAAAUGGCGAGUAUUGGGUUUCUGAAAAAGGUGAAGAUGUCAGACCAUAUGGAAUUUGUAUUAAAAGAAA